ACAUCUUGUUUUCCUUCCAACCCAAUCAGAAAUCUAGGAAAGUCUGGCCUCCGAAUUUCUAACAUAGUCUUGGGAACAUUUGCUACCUUUGGGUCUCAAAUAUCAGAUGAAGUUACAGAAGAUAUAGUGACACUGGCGUAUGAACACGGUGUACAUGCGUUCGAUACCUCUGAAGCAUACGCUGGAGGGAGGGCUGAGAUAGUUCUUGGGAAAAUUCUGAAGAAAAAAGCCUGGAGGAGAUCAAGUUAUAUUGUCAUCACAAAAGUGUCGUGGGGUGGGAAGGCAGAAACAGAGAAGGGCCUCUCAAGGAAACAUAUAAUAGAAGGAUUAAGAAGCUCUUUAGACCGUCUGCAGUUGGAUUAUGUUGAUGUCAUACUUGCCAACAAGUCGGAUCCCAGAACACCCGUCGAAGAGAUAGCCAGAGCCUUCACGCACGUGAUCAACCAGGGGUGGGCUAUGUAUUGGGGGACUUCCAAAUGGGCAGCCACGGAAAUUAUGGAAAUCUACUCGGUCUGCCGACAGUUUAAUCUCAUUCCACCGAUUGUUGAACAAUCCGAGUACAACUUCUUCAAGAGGGAAUCCAUCGAGAUGCACCUUCCUGAACUUUUCCAUAAAAUUGGUCUGGGGUUAAUGGCUGCGUGUCCCUUGAUGGGGGGCAUGAUGAGUGGAAAGUACAAAAAUGGUCUACCCGCAAACUCUAGAGCGUCUAUAAAGAACUUCUCCUGGUACAAAGAGCGAGUGACAAAUGAACAAGCCGCCAGGCAUCACUUACUUCUGAAUGAUUUAGAGAUGAUUGCCAGCAAGUUGGAUUGCACACUGGCUCAAUUAGCUAUCGCAUGGUGCUUGAAGAACGAAAAUGUGCACUGCGUUGUCCUGGGCAGCUCCAGCGUUGAACAACUCAUCGAAAAUUUGAAAGCCGUCCAGGUUCGAAUCGAAUUGACACAAAAUAAUUAA